CGAGGAUUGCUAUCACCAGGUCCCUUCUCUCUGCAUCUGCUUCCGAACCGCCCUCCUCUUCCCUCUCUUCCUUCCUCUCACCUUUUGCUCUCCGCCUCCCAUCCACGCCCCCCCUCUUUCGCUUUCCCUCUCUUUCUCCUCAUUUUUGUUACCCAAGCAUCGAAGAAUCCCCCUGCCCUCUCUGCGGCUGACGACGAUGACGCGGAGGCCGGCGCCACCGACUACGACAUGGAUAAAGAGAAUGUCGAGGAGCUGGAUAACAAGAAGGACUAUGACAUCGAGUACGACAAGAUACUCGGCGUCGCGCUCGUUUCCUCCUCCGCUGACUCGCCAGACGACAUCGAGAUGGUCGUCGUCGAGAGCUUCGUGUCCACGCAAGGGUGGGAGUCCGAGACCGUCGUUGACUACCAUAUUAACGAGGAGGAGUUCCACAAGAUCCGUCUCUUUCACUACGACUUCUUUAUCCGGAAGCCGCCCAACCUCGAUGACAACGUCUACGACUUCCGAGAGAUGUAUGUUACUCCUCCUGACACGGAUGUCUACUCAAUUCCGAAGGUUUUGGCUCCCAUGCCUCAGAAGUACAUUCGGUGUGCAAAAUCAAACUUUGGAAGCUACAAUGUCACGGAGCCACCCAUAGACGCACCUAGAGAUCCACUGUACAAAACUGAGAGGAAAAUUAUGAAGAUAAAGGAAAAGCUAAGGUAUGAAAGGAAGGCGACAAGGUGGUGGUGAUGAAGGUGUGUG